AUGGCGGAGAGGGUGAAGAAGUACAAGCGGCUCGCGCAGACUUCUGAGCGGGAGGCCGCCGCGCUUGGCAGGCAGGUGGAUCGCCUUGGGGAGGAGGUGAGGGCCCUGAGGGAGGAGCUGGCCGUCUGUGCGGUGACUCCCGCCCAGGCGGCCAGGGACAGGGAGUUGGGGGCGCAGCUGGAGGCGUCCAGGGCUGAGGCAAGAGGGCUGGAGCACCGCGUGGGGGUGCUGAGCAAGAAGGUGGAGACGGACAAGAAGAGUUUCGAGCGGGCCCUGGCGGGCAACAGCCGGGAGAAGGCGGCGCUCAGGCGGCAGGCGGAGGCCCUAAGGGCCGAGCUGGGGGCCAAGGACCUG